AUGGUGCAAGAUGGUUUGUCUGUAAUUAGAGAUGAACUUGGUAAGAUCAGAGAGGCUGUCAAAUACAUAAAAUGUUCCCCAUCAAGACUUUACAACUUUCAGGUUAUAGUAGAUGAAUUUGAAAUGCGUGGUCAAAAGAAGUUGGUGCUAGAUGUUUCAACUAGAUGGAAUUCUACUUACUUGAUGUUGGAAGUUGCACUUAUGUACAGACAUGUGUUUGAUAGAUUUGCUAUGGAAGAUGUUGGGUCGAAGUAUCCUACAACGAACCUAUUUUUCUUAGAAAUUUGGGGGGUUCAAGAAUUAUUACAAGAAGGAGUUACAAAUGGGUCUAGCUUUAUGAAGAGAAUGGCAUUCAAAAUGAAGGAAAAUUUUGAUAAAUAUUGGAGUUCCCGCAACAUAUUAAUGACUAUUGCUUCGAUACUAGAUCCAAGGAUAAAGUUGAGUUUAACAGACUUUGUCUUUUCAAAGACUUUUUGUCAAAUAGAAGAAAAAGAAGAACAUAUGACAUUAGUAAGAAGUACAAUGCAAGACCUUUAUAAUAGCUACAUUGCAAAAAUUGACGGUUCAAAUAAAGAUGUUGAAAGUGAUUCUACUACUUUUAUGAGAGGAACUGACCCAUCAUGUGGCAACUCCAGUAGAAGUAGAAUAAGAUUUUUUAGCUUUUUAAAUAAAGCAGACAAUGUUCAUUUUCAAGCUUCAAAGUCUGAGCUUGAUAUGUAUUUAGAAGAUGGAUUGCUCAAAUGUGAUGUUACCGCUCAUGAUUCGUUUGAUAUAUUAAUUUGGUGGAAAGAUAAAGAACUGAAAUACCCCAUUUUAUCACAUAUGGCAAGAGAUAUAUUGUGUAUUCCUAUCACUACAGUUGCCUCUGAAUCUGCUUUUAGUAUUGGAGGUCGAAUUGUGGAUGAAUCUAGGAGUUCAUUGAGCCUAAAGACAGUAGAAGAAUUAGUUUGUUUAGGCGAUUGGAUAAAACAGUAUGGCGACCCUAUGAAUCUUGUACCGGGUACUGCUGAAGAUGAGAUUGCAUGA